UUAUAUUAAAUCUAUUGAAAGGUGAAAAACAAAGAAAAUUUGAAAGCAUCACGUACAACUCCCGUGCUGGCAAUUCUGACAGCCUGUUCAACGAUAAAUUCAUGAUAAACCUUUUGCAAUCUCAGGAUCUAGUCACCACCCCAGUACUCAAAAUUCACACAAUUAACCAAACCACAUACCCAGCAACCAUCUUCAACCUCCUUCCCAACGCUCACCGCCCGUGACCACAACCACCCAUAUGGCAAUAUAUAUAUGAGCUCACAGCCAAAGUCCCAAACAACGAGCACAGGUUGAAAACUCCUGUGAACGGUGGUAACCUUACCUCCCAAACAUGGUCCCAUCACCGCCAAACUUUAAGGUUCUAAACGGCGGUGAUUUCAAACCAGUGACGGCCACCACACUAAGGCCGCUCGAAGGACGUGUAGCGAUCGUGACCGGUGGAUCAGGUGGAAUCGGCGGUGAGAUCUGCCGCCACCUGGCAUCCCUAGGAGCAAAGGUAGUAAUAAGCUACGUUGGUGACCAGAAACCAGCUGGCCAGCUAGUCGCAUCAAUCAACCAAAACCAAGCCCAACCGCAAGCUGUCGCGGUGGAGUCAGACGUCACGGACCCAACCCAAGUCGGCGCUUUAUUCGACGAGGCUAGUCGGGUUUUCGGCCCGAAUCUCCACAUUUUCGUGGCGGCUGCAGGAGUUCAGGAUCCCAAGUACCCAUCCAUGGCGGAGACGUCGGUGGAAAGCUGGGAGCGCGUCUUCAAUACCAACGCUAAAGGGACGUUCCUUUGUUGCCGGGAAGCGGCGAAGAGGCUGGUGCGCGGCGGCGGAGGGAGGAUCAUCACCAUGUCGUCGUCGACGGUGGGGUCGUUGAGACCGGGGUAUAGUACGUACUCGGCGAGCAAGGCGGCGAUAGAGGUGAUGACGAAGGUGCUGGCGAAGGAGCUGAGAGGGACAAGGAUCACGGCGAAUGCGGUGGCGCCGGGGCCGAUAGCGACGGCGAUGUUUUUUGAAGGGAAGACGGAGGAGAGGAUUAGAACGGUGGCGGUGGAGAACCCGAUGCAGAGGUUGGGGGAGCCAAGGGAUGUGGCGCCGAUGGUUGGGUUUCUGGCAAGUGAUGCUGGGGAGUGGGUUAAUGGACAGAUCAUUAGGUUGAAUGGUGGAUACGUUUGAUCUGUUUCAGAUUAUUAAGGUUUCCAUUGUUUCCAAGCUUUCUUUCUGUCUUUUUCUUUUCUUUUUUUUUUUUAAUAAUUGUUUUUAUUUUUAUAUUUGUUUUUUAUUUUAUUAUUAUAUAUCAGGUAAGUUUGUUCCGUUUAAGGGAUUUUUAUUGCUUUAAGCUUC